ACGAAGCACGGUCACGUGCAUUUGUUUGUACUGGAGGGGAAGUGCAGCUGAAAUAUGAUUCGUCUUAUAGAAGUGCUUGUUUAAUAUAUUCUAAUCGUUGGUGUGCAGCGCUGAAAGGCCAUGCGCUCGGUCAGUUAUGUGCAGCGCGUGAGUUUAGACUUCACCGGAACAAUCUUUCCUCACGCCAUCUGUCUCGGAGAUGCAGAUAACGACUCCUUGAAUGAGCUGGUGGUAGGAGACAGUAGUGGGAAGCUGUACAUUUAUAAAAACGAUGACAGUAAGCCCUGGAUGACGCGAACAUGUGUGGGCAUGUUAACGUGUGUAGGAGUGGGAGAUGUUUGCAAUAAAGGAAGGAACUUUGUUGUGGCGGUGGGUGCGGAGGGCUGGUUUCACCUGUUUGAUAUCAGCGCUGCUGCAGCCAAGGCAGACUCCUCUAGUCAGCAGGACGGUUCGAUCGGGGACGAGCAGAAGCCCAGUUACACCCAGCACAUCCCCGCUAAUACCAAAGUGAUGCUCAUCAGUGAUAUCGACGGAGACGGGCGCUGUGAGCUUGUCGUUGGCUACACGGACCGGGUGGUGCGGGCGUUCAGGUGGGAGGAACCCUCUGAUUCUACAGAUUUGAGCUCUGGUCAGCUGGUCUUACUGAAGAAAUGGCUUCUGGAGGGUCAGGUUGACAGUCUCUCGGUUAACCCGAGUCCAGAAGGUCUCCCUGAACUAAUGGUGUCUCAGCCCGGCUGUGGCUAUGCGAUUCUGAUGUGCUCUUGGACACAAGAGGGCGCUGCAGGACCUGGGGAUGAAAACACAGCAACUCCCAGCAGGGAGGGUCCUUCCAGAGACGUCGUCCUUCAUCUUACCACUGGACGCAUCCAUAACAAGAACGUGUCCACUCAUUUGAUAGGCAGCAUCCGCAGAGGUUCUAAGGAUGAUUCAUCUAAAGGUGGCUUGUUUGCUCUUUGCACUCUUGACGGAACGCUGAAGCUCAUGGACAGCUCUGAGAAGCUCUUGUGGUCUGUGCAGGUGGAUCACCAGCUUUUUGCCCUCCAGAAGCUGGAUGUCACUGGUGAUGGGAGAGAGGAAGUGGUGGCCUGUGCUUGGGACGGCCAAACUUACAUCAUCGAUCAUGCCCGUAUGGUGGUCCGCUUCCAGUUUGACGAGAAUGUGAACGCAUUCUGUGCUGGCCAGUAUGCAUGUAAAGAUGGGAGGAACAGCCCCUGCCUGGUCUACGUGAGCUUUAACCAUAAGAUCUAUGUGUACUGGAGGGUGGAGCUGGAGAGGAUGGAGCCCACCAACCUGCUGAGUGUGCUGGAAGAGAGACCCGAGUAUUCAGACCUGCUUCACAGUCUGGGAGUGGGUGAGUGGACGUCUGUCUGUCUGUCUGUCUGUGUGUCUGUGUCUGUGUUGCUCAACAUUUCUCACAAUCACCGUCUGGAGGAGCUGGGGAAAAUAGGUUGUAUAAGCGAAAUCAAGUUUCUGAAUACAUUUAUAAUUGUAGAAAAUCUGAAUUGUGAGUAGUAAAAAAACAUCUACAAAGUGCAUGCCUUUACAUAGUUAUGGAACGCAUGCAUUUUAGUAUUGAGACUAUGACCGAUAAUGGUUAAGAGAGAUUAUAUUAUCAAUCGAUACUAAUUUUGCUUUGAACUCUAGUCUAGAAUUUUACUGUGCAAACUGGCAUACAAAAAGUGUAAAAAAAAAUAACCCUGCACCGAUGUCGUUCUUCUGAAAGUGUUUAAGUGCGGAUUCCACGGCAGAGGCUUAAGAGGCUCUUGAACUCUUGUUCUUGUGCCACAUCAUUUCAAUUUCUUGAGACGCGGCACAAUUUGACUUUGUAUUUGAAAGAGUUUGACUGGGCCGAAGGGGGUCAGGUUAUUCUGCUCAGUUAGACUCCUGCCACAUGCACAGUUGUUAAUGAAAAGCCAGCUUGACUUCCUGGGGCCACUGUUAAUUAUUCAUCUUCUGAGUCUGAUGUGCUCCCACAACGUGAUUUUCAAAGCGCUAUUAGCUUACCGUGCCACGGGACACAGCCGCUCUGAACGCCUGCAGGUGAGAGGAGUCACGAAAGAUGGAGAGGUGUAGAUGGGAGACGAUUCGUGAUGAUUGUAGGAUAAACUAUAGGUGGAGAUACAUUCCAAACUAGGCACAUAAGAUCAAUGUGUUUACCAAUAAAAUGUGUAAUAUGUAGAGUUGCAGUGGGAUGGAAACUUUCCAAAAAUUCUCAAAAAAUCCUGGAAUAUUCCCAAAAUUUACUGGAAAUGUUCCACUUUUUUGCAACCCUAGUAAUAUGUUAGAUUUAGUCUUUUAUCCUUUUUUCUAUUCUAUUAUGUUAUAUUAUUUAUACUUCCAGUCAAUUUUAGAAUGUUUAACAGAUGUGUUUUUCUGUUCAAGGCAGCUUUUUAUUUCUAGGUUAAUUACUGACUUAUUGAUUCCCAGAGGGAACAUUUAAAAAUUAGGGGUUUAUCAAAUAUUAAGUAGCAGUAAAUUGGAGUUUGUUUUAGUUGAAUUUUACUGAAUCUGUAAAAUAACUAUUUUAUGCAAAUGUAUUCAAAGGGAUAUUUUGAGAAAGUAUUAGGAGGCAUGAAUUAGAAUUAAGGCUUUUAGUACCUCUGAUGAAUGUUCCUCGUGGCAUUUCCAAAAUAUCUUCGAUGAGUCUAAAAUGGAUUCUGACAACAAAAAGGGCUCAGUUCGUGCCCAUUUUUUUAUUUAUAAUUAAUACACGCAGUGCUUUUGGCACAUUUCUAUUCAUAACACACCCACAUAAACACACACAUACAGGCUUGAAAUAUGCUUUGGUUUGUAUCAACACCAUUUUCAGUGUUUUGCAUCUGAGAAUCAUCACCAAAUGAGCAUAAAAUCUCUGGGUGUGUGUGU